AUGUUCGCCGCCGCACGUCAGUCCGCCCUUCGCACAGCGCGAACACAGCUUCGGCAGUCGCAACCCACCGUCGUACCCCAAUACUCGGCCUUCGCACGGUUCGCGUCAACAUUCGCCAUUCUCGAGCAAAAGGAGGGAAAGAUUGUAUCACAGUCAUUGGCCGCCAUCACGGCAGGAACAAAACUCGGAGGCUCAAUAACAGCCUUCAUCGCUGGAAGUGGGGUCAAGUCGGCCGCAGAUGAGGCAGCCAAGUCAAAGGGUGUAGAGAAGGUUAUCUACGUUGAGAAUGGAGCAUAUGACAGGUGUCUUCCUGAGAACUAUGCGCCACUCCUGGUUGAAAACAUCAAGAAGGGUGGAUACACACACGUCGUUGCCGGUCACUCAGCAUUUGGAAAGAACAUAAUGCCACGUGUCUCGGCGCUGUUGGAUACACAGCAAAUAUCAGACAUUACCGACAUUAAGGGUGAAGACACAUUUGUCCGCCCAAUCUACGCUGGUAACGCCAUCAUGACAGUCCAAUCGUCGAACAGCACCAAGGUUAUCACCGUCCGAGGCACCGCAUUCCCCGCGCCCGAGACCGAAGGUGGAAACGCAACAGUGGAGGAGGGCAUUGACCCCAAGGCCGAAUGCUCGACAGAGUGGAUAUCCGAAGACCUCCAGAAGUCCGACCGUCCAGACCUUGGCUCGGCAGAGAAAGUUGUCUCGGGAGGUCGUGGUCUAAAGUCCAAGGAGGAGUUCGACAAGCUCAUGCCACCGCUAGCAGAUGCGCUCGGUGCGGCUAUCGGUGCAUCAAGAGCAGCAGUCGACAGCGGCUUUGCGGACAACAGUUUACAAGUAGGCCAGACUGGAAAGAACGUUGCGCCACAAUUAUACCUGUGUGCUGGUAUCUCCGGUGCUAUUCAGCAUCUGGCAGGCAUGAAGGACAGCAAGGUCAUUGCAGCUAUCAACAAGGAUGCCGAGGCACCCAUUUUCCAGGUCGCAGACGUCGGUCUCGUUGGAGAUCUUUUCGAAAAGGUCCCAGAAUUGACCGAGAAGCUCAAGUCGCAGUAA